GGGCGCCUUUUCAAUGACAUCCGGUUUCGUCUCGCUUAAGUUUCGUCUUGCAUUAGGUUAGAUUGCGUUUGUACAACGUUUUGUGUUUAUGCUGCAAUAAACGUUUGAUAAGUUUAUCAAGAAACAUCAGAAACAUCUACGAUAGUCAAAAACUGCUUAAACAUGACAACUUACCUAUCAAGAAAAGAUGUUGAAGAAAUCAAACCCCAAGUUGACAAAACAGUUGAGAAGUUCCUCGGUUUUCACGAACCUACAUUGGUGACAACCGCCCUGAAUUGUUUAUCUUCCGGAUAUGAUAAACAGAAAACCACUGAUAAACUUGCUGCUUUACUGGACUCUCGAAAGGCUAAGGGUCUCACUGAAAAAAUAUUUUCUAUUGCUGAAGACUUAAGAGCUCUUCAUAAAUCUCGCAGUGACAGAAAGCGCCACCAUGAUGAUAAAGAAGACAGGGAUUCAAAAAAGGCUAAAAAGGAGAAAACUUCAGAAGGGGACUCAAAAAAUAAUGUGCCUGAAGCUCAGCCGGACUCAGAGGCUCAGCCGAGUCCGGGACAACUCUCAGCACUUCAGAUCAAAGAGAUGAUGGCAAAUGCACAGAGAAUGAUUGAGCAAAGGAAGAAGGCCCUAAAUGCAUUGAAAGGGGAUGAUAAGCCUGCUAUACCUCCACCAACAAUUGCUGUUCCUCCUGUAAAAUCAGCUGCCGAUUUAGACAAAGCACGAAAGAUUGCGCAAUUGCAGGCCCAAAUUCAAUCAAAAUUGUCAACUGGUGUUUUACCUGGGGUGCUAAGUGGUAUUAGCUCAACUUUGAAUGCAACCCCUUUCAACAGCUUAAUACCACCUCGUCAAAGUCAACAAGAAAAACCAGUACCUUUAAUUUUAGACAGUGAAGGACGCACUGUCGACAGUUCUGGUAAAGAAGUUCAGCUCACUCAUCUUGUACCUUCGCUAAAGGCCAACAUUCGAGCCAAAAAGAGGGAAGAAUUCAGGCAACAAUUACAAGAGAAACCUGUUGAAGAAUUAUCUGAAACACACUUUUAUGAUGCUAGGAUUGGUAUAAAACCAUCUGUGCGUAAUAAAAGAGCAUUGAAAUUCCAUGAACCGGGAAAAUUCCAGCAAUUAGCUGAUAGGAUGAGAAUGAAGGCUCAACUUGAAAAACUUCAAAGUGAAAUCUCCCAAAUUGCCAAGAAAACAGGAAUAUCUUCUGCUACCAAAUUAGCUCAAAUUGCCCCUAAGGAACAGGCUGAAGAACAUGUUCCGAAUGUAGAGUGGUGGGAUUCAGUCAUUCUAUUAAAGAGAGAUGGCUAUAAAGCUGAUGAAUCUGGAAUCAUUCCCAUCAAAGAGCAGGGAAUUACAAAUCUUGUAGAACACCCUAUUCAAAUGCGUCCCCCAACGGAUCCACUUAAACCCAUCUAUAUGCCUGUUUUCUUAACUAAGAAAGAGCGCAAGAAACUGAGAAGACAAAAUCGUAGGGAGGCUUGGAAGGAAGAGCAAGAAAAAAUAAGACUGGGAUUGGAAGCCCCUCCAGAACCAAAGCUUAGGAUAUCCAAUUUAAUGAGAGUACUGGGAACAGAAGCCAUUCAGGAUCCAACGAAAAUUGAGGCACAUGUGAAGGAACAAAUGCUGAAGCGUCAAAAAGCUCACGAAGAAGCUAAUGCUGCUCGCAAACUCACUGUUGAGGAGCGGAAGGAAAAGAAAAUGCGCAAACUUAAGGAGGACACAUCUCUUGGCGUCCAUGUGUCCGUGUUCAGGGUAAAUGAUCUUAUGAACCCAGCCAAGAAAUUUAAGGUUGAAACAAAUGCUAAGCAGUUGUUUAUGACUGGCUGUGUGGUUCUCUUUAAGGAUUGCAAUGUUAUUGUUGUUGAAGGUGGUCCAAAGCAGCAAAGCAAAUAUAAAAGAUUGAUGCUAAAUCGAAUUAAGUGGGAGGAAGAUAUAGUUAAAGAUGCAAGUGGAAAUGAAAACCCCAAUAAAUGUGUUUUGGUGUGGGAGGGCACAGCAAAAUCUAGGACAUUUGGUGAGAUGAAGUUCAAAAUUUGUCCUACUGAAAAGGUAGCUCGUGAACAUUUUAAGAAAAGUAAUGUUGAGCAGUAUUGGGACCUAUCCUAUAGUGGGGCUGUGCUUGAAGCCACUGCUGAUGCUUAAAUGUUCACUUGUUAGCUUUGUAAUAUAUUGUAAUAUCUGUAAAUAGUGGAAUUUUUCAUUCUAUAUUAAGUUAGAAUAAAACCUAAUUUUUCAGAAACUCAA